CUCGCACCUUAGCAGAUCAUUUAACAGCUAACGGAAACGAAAAGUCUGGCAGUCUGAUUAAUUUUUGUUUGCUGCGCUUUGGCGGCUCGCCGUGGUGCCAAGUCGUGUCAGUCAGUCAAAGACUUUAAACGCACCAAGUUGACUCCUCCUCGGCAUUUGUGGAUAAGACUUUAGCCAUGAAUCUGCGCUACAUUUGCACCUUAUCACUGCUGCCCACACUUUAUGUGCUGCUCGUGCUGCUGCUGGAAUUCGUGGAGGAUGGUCUGGCCCAGAGUGCGGAUCCAUUGUUCGAACUACCCGUUCAACUAGUCGGAUUUCCUGUGAUUGUACUCUCGGUGCGUUUGUCACAGUUUGCCAAAAAAUUGGCCUACUCGCUGAGUCCAAACACCUAUCGUUCUCGCAGCAGACGCGAUGCCAGUCAUCCUUUGGCCCUAGACGCUGAGUUGGCCCAGAAGGAAAUACUGCGCGAGUUUGGACCAAGAGCUUGCAUUCUGGAGGAGCCUUGCCGAGUGCACGCCUCACGUCCCGGCACUCAACGACGUCCGCUGGGCGAUGGAAAAGCUGCAGCACAUGCACCCUGGGCAGAGGUCUUGAGGAACUACAAAGUGCAAUCAACCGGCGGCAUGAAACAAUGGUAUCUGCUCUCGCUCUUCAUCGGCGAUGCUGUGCGGGAUGUGCCUCUCUGCAAGCACCUGGCCAAACGGAUGCCAUGUCCAGGCGCUGGACCACUGCCGCCUCCACAGCCACGUUAAGAAUGGAAUUGGUUGGAAAAAACAUUGGCAUAUAAUAUAUGUAUGGGCGGGUUUGCGAUGCGGCUUAUUGUGGGUGGGGGUAACGAGCGCAUCGGGUAGUCAGUCAAUUGCAUGGACAUCUUUCUGUUACGUUCUUCCAAACUUUGUCUGUCUUCUAUCACAUUCUCUUCCCAUUCAUUUGUAUUGUUAGUUGGGGUCUCUAAUUUAAACAACAGACAGCAUAGGCUUAGUCAGUCUUAUAUUGUAAGUAUGUGUAUGAAGUACUCGUAUAAGCAAAUAAAUAAACAAAAAUCAUCUGAAAUUCUGAAAA